AUGUUCCUGGUGGAAGGUGACGGUAAAGCGAUCUUAUACACCGGAGACAUUCGAAGCGAACCAUGGUUUGUCAACGCGAUUGAACGAAACCCUAACCUCAUCGAAUAUACAUCGGGUCUCAAAACCCUCGAUAAGAUCUAUCUUGACACGUCCUUCACUGAGGAUGUUCCAUUUGAGACAAAGGCCCAAGGCAUAACCGAGCUGUUAAAGAAGAUCUCAAAGUAUCCGAAAGAUACCGUAUUUCACUUUCAAGCCUGGACUUACGGCUAUGAGGACGUCUGGAUUGCACUAUCCAAAGCACUCAAGUCGAAGAUACACGUCGAUGAUUAUAAGCUACGCGUAUACGGUUCCCUUAAAUCAAGAAACUCCAGGUCCCAAUUCGAUGCGGAUGUGCAUCUGGCCCCCGAAUCACCAGCUUUGACUGGCCAUAUGUGUGGUAACACACCACAUCCAGGAUGUUUGACCUCAGAUGUAAACGUACGCUUACACAGCUGUGAGAGAGGAAACAUCUGUGAAGUGGCGUCAAAGGACACAACAGUCUCGAUCCAGCCUAUAAUUGCACAUUUAUCUGAAGGAAAGGACUUGGUUGAGGUCGGAGUUGGAGGGGGCGGAGACGACUUUAAACAAGAGGCAGAACUUGAAUUCGUGGACCAAGCCAACUUAACCGCUCUUUUCGAUGUGGCUCUUUCCUCAUCUGCUACUUCGUCUCAGAAGUCAGACAUGCUUCGAGAGGGCUUAGAACAGCUAGUCUCGACAGGUCGGAACAUACCCCUGGAUUGGGAUGUUGACACUUUGAGUACAAAUUCUGCUAAAGAAGUUAUCGCCAUACUUGUCCAAAAGUUAAGAAAGUACAGCAAGACCCAGAAGUCCGUUCAUGAGGAGGCUUUGCCUAAGACGAUCUACUUCCCUUACUCGAGGCAUUCUUCAUUGCCAGAGCUGCGUCACUUUGUUGAUGCCUUCCGUCCCAAAGAUAUAUGGCCAUGCACCAUUAAUACUUCUGAAUGGCUCAGAAAUAGAACUACUAUUGGAUCAUUAUUCGGGCAAUUCUGUUCUAGCAAGGAAUUUGAACAUGAUAGAGUCAUGCAAGCCAUAGCCGCUAAGAAUGCAUUGUGCAGCCAGGAUCAACAACACGCCAGUCAAACAACUGUUGACUCAGACCCCGCGCCAAGCUCACUCAACCAAGAACCUCAAGAUCCUCAAGAACAAAGGCCCGGCAAUUUCGAACCUAUGUUUGUGAGCCUUUUAGUGGACACCCAAGUGAGCGGCUACCAAGAGGAGACGAAUCUCAAUCCAGAGCAGCCAGACGAUUUGAACGCACUAUCCGAGAACUUGCCAGCGCGUAGUGCUAGCGAUGGACCCGUUGAACAGUCGGAGGUUAUUCCGCAAGAUCUUGACACUGCUCCGGAAGCACCAGCCGGGGAUGUAUCCGACGCCAGAACUCAUUCAUCUUCCACUAGAAAACGCGGCUUUUCCAAUGUAUCUCAGAAUGUCCCUGAAGAUGGAUAUAGAGAGACAGCAAACACAUCAGAUAAGCCGUGCAAGUUGGGGAUACCAGAAGACUACCCUCUUGCUUGUCAAGAGGCGUAUUGGCAGAUGAUACGAAAUGUAGAAGGGGAUACCCCCUGGACUCCCUUGCAGUUGAUAUCAACUAGUAGCGAGUAUAAUUGCGUCGAAAAGGAAUUAUAA